GCAUCUCCCUACUGAUCUCUGAUAUUAUGUAUGUACCGACUGAUCAUAUUGUAAUAAUCUGUGUUAUGCUGUCGGUUGUGCAUAGCUGUCUUUCAAUGCAACGUGUGGAAAUUACUGGUGAAUACUUGUGUCAAGGAAAAUAUUGCUGGUAUAAAUAGAAUUAGUUUUCUACAUUGAGCUUAUUAUAUGCUGUGAUAAAAAUGAGUAGCCAGAAAGGUAAUACGAGUCGUUCGAGGCCUCAGAAAUAUCAAAAUCGUCAUGUUUUCAAAAAUGAUUUACAUGACAAGAGCCACAAGACUAAAUUUAUCAAUAGUUUGCACAUUGCUAAUGUUUGUGAGCGGUGUAAAAGAAUUAUAGAAUGGAAGAUCAAAUAUAAGAAGUAUAAACCGUUGAAAGCUCCAACAAAAUGUACAAAAUGUGAUCAGAAGUGUGUCAAACACGCAUACCACAUAAUGUGUGGUCCUUGCGCUGGAAAAGAUCAAGUCUGUCCAAAGUGUGGAACUAAAGGAGAGAUUGUUAUUGGUCAACCUACACCGCAGGAACAAAUUAAACUUGAUUCGGAACUUCAAGCAUUGUUAAAAUCAUUGCCAGAACGGAAAAAAAGGACUUUCCUACGUUACAUGAAUAAAAGCAAUAAAGUUAAAAAAGAUAAAUCUAAGACUAAUGAAAACAAAAAUGACUUAUCUCCUGAAAAACAAGAGCAAGAUAAUAAAGAGGAGUCAGUGCACGAACCAGUUACACGACAAGAAUUAUUAGAUAAGUUAAAUUCUCUGAUUAUUAAAGAUGAAUUUGAUGACGAUUUAGACAGCGAUUCUGAAAAUGACGAUUUUGAUUCUGAAGAUUAAUAUCUCACUUUCCAAGUAUCAAAAAAUAAACUACAGAAGCACCAA